UCAAAACAAUGAUUGAUGUUAUCUUCCUAAAACAGUAUUUCUUCAGAUAAUGUUGGGUGGGUUUGAUAUUUCUCGGAAAUAAACAUUUGCGUUCAUUCCAUCGUAAGUGCCAUUUCUUUUAUUUCUAAGCGAAAGGCAACAUGAGUGGCAGCUAUAUAUAGAGAGACAUCCGAUGAUCAAAACAAAUUAGUUCAAUAAAACCUCGCAGUUGUUGGAUAUUUCUGACAGCAGGAAAGUUGACUGAAAAGAUGAUAUCUGCAGUGUGUUUGGUUUAUCUUUUCGGCGUUUCACUUUUUGUGAGCGCAACCGAAGCAAUCGGCGUCGGUGAAAUAGGAGGAGGUGCUCUCGGCGGUCACGGGAUCGGUUCUUCUGGUCUGGCUGGUGGUGACCGUGUAGGUUCCGGUUACGGUGGACGUAAAGGUGGAGUCUCUUCCAAGGGCUAUGACCGUGGUUUCAGUUACGGAACUGGACACGACACAGGAAAAGCCAUUAGCAUUGGAGAUGAAGAACAUGGAGGUAAAGGUUAUGGUGACAAAGGACUGGCCGGCUAUGGGCUAGGUGGAAAGUUCUAUGGUGGCUUAGGAUACGGAGGACUCCUUGGACCCAUAUUCUUCUUCCGAUAGAAAAUUUAUAUAGAAGCUAAAGCGUUUUCAUCAAAUUUUAAUUAGUACAAAAUAUUAAAACUGAAGUACCUGACAUGGAAAAAAUAUAUAAUAUUUGUGAAAGCUUACAAAAUGCCAUACGGAAGAUGCUGGAUUAUGAAUGUAUUAAUACAAAUAAAGUGUUGUUUUAGUUUGUUGUUAA